CUUCCAAAAAUAAAUAAAAAAAUAAUCAAUAAUACAGCUGAGAUGGAAUUACAUCAAAUGGGAGCAAAAUCUCAACCCAUAUAUCAACAUUCCAUUUCCAGCAUAUGCAAUAGGGAUAAAAGAAAAUGAAAUCUCUCUGAGUCAUUCACAUCAAAUCACUCACUCCACUGUAAUCAACUGUAGGAUUAAAGUGAAUAAAUGAAAAAGUAAUUAAUCCUCAUCAAGAACUCACCACUGUUACGCCCUCCAACCCAGAAAUCCAACACCACAUCUGGCAUACACCCCGGAUCCUCACACCUUGCCAUUACAUUCACAACUGGUUUCAACUUCUCGUCUUCUUCCCACUCCAACUGCCAAAUCUUAACUCCCGCCCCUAAUCCACAACAUAUAUAUAAAUGGAUUCUCUCAUGAUCUUUAACCAUCAGUUACUAUCUCAUGCACGUGCAGUACAACAAACUGAAAUAUAUAUAUACAACAAUGUCACAGACUCCACGGGGCAGGUAUGGCGGCGGCAAGAGUGUUUCUGACGGCGGUGGCCGCCCAAUGUACCGCGGAGUGAGGCGGAGGAAGAGCAGCGGGAAAUGGGUUUCUGAAAUUCGGGAGCCCAGAACGCCAAACAGGAUAUGGCUUGGUACAUUCCCCACACCGGAAAUGGCGGCGGUCGCCUAUGAUGUCGCGGCGUUUGCUCUUAAGGGGAAAGAAGCUGAACUGAAUUUUCCUAGUUCAGCAUCUUCCUUGCCUGUUCCAGCUUCAACAUCCCAGCGGGACAUCCAGGCAGCUGCCGCCAGCGCUGCGGCGGCACUGGGCGCUGCGGGGGAUGCUCUUGGCUUUGGAAGUUUGGAAACAUCCAAGAUCGGGGCGGCGCAGCCUGAAAUGCCGGUUGUGAAUGAGUUUAUUGAUGAGGAUUUGAUCUUUGAUUUGCCAAAUGUUCUUGCGAAUAUGGCUCAAGGGAUGCUGAUUAGCCCUCCGCGCAUUGAUUUUGCUGAGGACGAGAAUGAUUUUGGUGGAGGUAUGCAGGAUGAGUACCUCUGGAAUUAUCAAUAAGAACCCUAAUCAAAUGAAAUCGAGAAUUCUCAUAUAAUUCUCGAUCGUGUGAAUAGAUCAAGAAAAUCAAAUUAAGAAUAUAUAUAUAUAUAUAUAUGUAUAUGUAUAUAGAAAUAAAGAGCGAUGGGAGUAGGAUGGGAGUGUGCGUUACAAGAUCGCUUAAUGAAUGUAUGUUGCUUGUAAAUUAAGUGUUUUAAUGUGGGCUGCUUGAAAAUGUGGGUUGAUCGACGUAUCAUGCAUCAUCCCAAUUGUAAGUAAUAGAUGGAUAUACACAU